AUGAGAAUGAUGGAUUCGAACAGGUUCACAAAUCGAAGGAACUCAAAAGCAGUCCUUCGUAAGUCCAAGACCAAACUGGAAGCCCUCGUAAUUAACCUCCACAUAUCUUGUACACCCGGAUGCAAAAUGCCGAAAUCAAUUCCCGCAGUAGGUAAUGAGAUAUGGACAGUAGACACCAAACUCACCUGGCAGACUGGCCCCUUUGAUAUCAACAUCGAGCAUCAAAACGCCGAGGAACAUUUCGCAUGUCUGACAAACGAAUGCGCAAGAAAAAUAGCAGAGUCAACUAUUUGUGAGCUGUUGAUGCCAUUUCUAUAUUCAAAAAGAGAAAUUGCAAGUGGGAAUUUUGAAGAGAUCGUCAAAUCUUUAAACUCUACUCGUAGGUCCUCGAAAUUUCGGACCAAGUUCCCGGAUUACCUAGAUGGACUAGAGAUUGGGAAUUUUGGGUUGUAUUAUCAUGCGGAUUUUGAUGGAUGGGUGGAGAUUUGUUGUGAGAUUAAAUGGUUUGGUGUUGGGGGAGAUGAAGAGGAGGAAGUUGAGGAUGAAGAUGAGGCUUCAAAUAUGGCUGCCUUGGGAAAAGAUAUUAUGGCAUUUGUGACGAAGAGAAUGGAGGGAGCUCGAGAAGAAUAA